GGAAACAAGGUGGGUUUUUUCCUUGUUUUGUCCCUUUCGAGGGUAUUGAGGGCCUGGCCCUUAGAAAAUGGGAAAAGGGCAAAUCUAACUUUUAUAAGGGGAGAGAAGAGAAUUUCAGAAGUACCAGGAUGGAAGGGUUUUUCUGAUCCCCAGAAGUGUAGAACAAAUGGUUAAACAAUUCCUUCACAAAGAAGAUGCAUCUCAACCAAGGAUUAAAAAGAGUUAUAGGCAUGGGAGGGAGGUGUCCUACUGGCAAUAUUAUGCUAAAGGUACACAUGUGAAGGGUGACCAAGAUAUCCUUGAUCCUGCCUCUCUGCAGCUCCUUUGGAUUUUCUUCCUCUUUCCAUCUCUAAGAUUGUUCACUGAAUUCCAUAAUUUAGUUCCGUGGUGGUUUAUUUUUAUUAUGUGGCUUUAAAAUGCAAUAAGAUGACUGCAAGUGAAAUGAAUUCCCUGUUGGAAUGUUUGGGUCAGCACUAUGUGUGAGCAGACAGCCUGGCUCCUGUUCUGCACAAAGUGAAGCUGAGUAAUGUCGGAGGGGACAAAGUGCACCCUUGAGCUGCCAGGGAUGCUGGCAGCCAUGGGAAGCACCCCAGAAGCAGAUCAGUCAUAUUGUCAUCGGCUGCAGCAUGACAUGUAUUUCCUUACAAGCACUAGCCGGCUGAAUGAACAAGUGGUUGAUAAAAUUGUUCUGCAGCUUAACAGAGUGUAUCCCCAAAUUCUUACCAAUGAGGAAGCAGAAAAGUUCAGGAACCCAAAGGCUUCACUCCAUACCAGACUCUCAGAUCUGUUAAAACACCUCCAAAAGAAAGGAGACAGACACUGUCAGGAGUUUUACAGGGCUCUGCAGAUCAAUGCUGAACAACUGUUUAAUGACCUGCCAAGCAGGAAAAUCUUGAGCCCGGUGUUUUUCCUGGCGUGUUUCAGCAUGGCUGCCGGACUGGCCCUGUUCUGGUACUGCUGCAACUCAGAAACACGAGUCAUAGGAAGAGCCAGAAGAAUCUUGGGCUUUUCUCCUAUUAUCAUAGGAAGACAUGUUAGAAAUAUUUGUAUGUUAUAUUUGGAAGACAUGUCAAGAAAUUAAGGGAAAGCUGUCUCUUCGCUUGUCUGUACAGUACACCGGCCAAAGAAGCCAAUGGUGCGUAAAGAUGUCUUGCACUCAUACCAAAGAUUUUAUUAAUUAGCUUCAUCAAUAAUUGCCUUGCCUCCAGAUGUAUUCGGAAUUUCAGCUAUAAAUGUCCUUCUUUAUGGGAAUGGACCGUUUAUUUUUGUAAAUGCUUAAAGUAUUUAUCGUUUGUAUAAAGAAAUAUUUUUAUUACAAGCUUUAAAAUGAUCUCUUAAGUGAGCAUGGCUCUGAAGUCAUGUUCACGCAUAUGUUUUCUAUACUGGAAUGAAGGAUCACAACUGUUUGAAGAAGUCUGGCCUGUCUUAUGUGAGAAUUAAUUUAGGAAAAGAACUUAAACACAUGCACUCAAAGCCUUACUAAGAAAUGGAUCUCUGUCUCAGAACUGUCUGUUUUGUCUAGAUCCUUUGUGAUCACUGCCUGAGCUCAAGUGGGCGGUGGCACCUGUGAAAAGUUUAUGGGGGCCAGUUCCCUUUAUGUGUGCCUUGUAUUCACUGUGUCUUCUGAUUCCCUGUUGGUGCCUCAUCCCAGCCUGCCUUGUUCCCAGUCACGCUCAGCUGCUGGUCCUGGUUUGCAUGCCCUGGAGCUGGUGCAGGCUGGUUCCCAGUCCAGGGAGUUCCAGGGAGUGGAAUGUCUGACCUGAAGUACUUCAGACUACCAAGAAAAUGUUCCAGAUUAAUUUAGCUUUCCCUUUCCCAUUGAAGUGAAUGGAGGCUCUGCAGUUAGACCUGGACAAAUUGGAUGGCUGGGCAAUCACCAACCCUGUGAAGUUCAACAAGGGAAAGUGCCAGAUUGUGCACCUGGGGUGGGGCAGCCAUGGAUGUACAGGCAGGCUGGGGAAUGAGAUGCUGGAGAGCAGCACUGGGCAAAGGGGCCUGGGAAUCAUGGUGGAUGGAAAGUUGGAUACAGUCAGCAGUGCCCUGGCAGCCAGGGGACACAUCCCUGUCCUGAGGGGGCACCAGGCCCAGCAUGGCCAGUCAAGCCAGGGAGGGACUGUCACACUCUGCUCUGCUCUGCUCUGGGGUG